AUGUCGCCUGUUUUGAUGCCGUUAUAUAUGGGUCAUCGAGAAAAGUGGCCAACACGAGUAGCCACAGGGUGGCACCGAUUGGAGCAGUCCCACAUUGAUGCUAAAACAGCAUGCUUGCUUUUCAUUUCUGAUAAUUCUUCCCUGCUGUUGGCAUUCCUCCUGGUGAUACACAAAUUUAAGCCUAGCUAUGGCCAUUUGCCGUUGUUGUAA